GUCAAUAUGUCAUCGUAGUAAUUUUGGUGUUUGUGUCAUCAAGUCAUCAACAAUUUUGAUAUUUUUCAUUUGUUUAAAGUUUCCUAUUAUGGGUUCCUCGCAUAGUACAGAAAUUCCAGGAGGAGGAUCUGAAGGGUAUCAUGUUUUACGGGUUCAAGACGGUUCCCCUGGGCAAGCUGCGAAACUUGAAGCCUUUUUCGACUUUAUAGUAGCAAUAGAAAACACUAGGUUAGACCAAGAUAAUGACACAUUGAAGGAACUUUUGAAAAAUAAUAUAGACAAAACAAUAAAAAUGUUAAUAUAUAGCAGUAAAACCCAAACAGUUCGUGAAGUUAUGAUAACUCCAAAUGCAAACUGGGGCGGCCAAGGAUUACUUGGAGUCAGCAUUAAAUUUUGUUCCUUUGAAGGUGCUAAUGAAAAUGUUUGGCAUGUAUUGGAAGUUCAUCCUACAUCUCCAGCAGAAAUUGCAGGGCUUAGGCCAUUUUCUGAUUAUAUAAUUGGAGCUGAUUCAAUCAUGCAUGAGAGUGAAGAUUUCUUUACAUUAAUUGAGGCUCAUGAGGGUCGGCCAUUGAAGCUCUAUGUAUAUAAUGCAAAUGAUGACACUUGCAGAGAAGUUCAGAUCACUCCAAACCACAAUUGGGGAGGUGAAGGCAGCCUUGGAUGUGGUAUUGGCUAUGGAUAUUUACAUAGGAUUCCUGUCAGGAGUGUUCCUCAGUCACAAAUAACUUAUUCUGCAAGUACACCAUUGAUAUCAUCACAAGCAACAAGUGUACAACAAAACAUUAUAUCAGGAGUUCAACAAUUAAGCUUAAAUGAAGAAAAAGUUCCACUGACAAGUGGGCCUCAGGUGCCUAGUUUGCAGCCAGCACCAGUGCAGAACUCCCCUCCACCUUUCUUAUCUGGAGUGCCAAUGGUCAACCCUGUUACCCACACCACUGCAGAUAACAUUCAGGCCAUAUCACAAGAGCCAAUUGCGCCUCAAACUGUACCGCUACAACAGCAGCCUAUGUCACAGGCACAAUCGGUCAUAUCUAAUAUGGCUGCCUAUUCCAGCAGUUUUGCAGAAGCAACAUUGACCAACCUUGGUAGCGUACCCACUGUGUCAAAUAUACAACCGCCAGCGCCGCUGCCGUCACUACCCGGUAUUCCAAUGAAUCAGCCACAACCUUACAUACCUAUGAUGCCUAAUUACACUCAACCAUCAGCCAACCUCAUGCAGCCCUCUCCGGCACCUUAUAGUUCACCAGACUUAGUACCAACUUUCAAUAUGAGCAAUUUCCCUCAAGCUCCCAUACAACCACCACCUAUAUCAAGUGGCAUUUCAGUUUUAACUCCAGUGAGCUUGCCAGGCAUGCCUCCGCUAACAGUAAGUGCUACGCUGCCUGUCUCCACUAUGAAAGAAAUUCAUCAACAGCAGUCCAUGCAGCAGCAAGAUUUGUUAUCGUGAAACAUCAAAGUGGUAGGUAAUUAGAUAAUACAUAUAUUUCAUUUAUUUGCCCAUAAAAUAUGAUUAAUAUUGUUUAUGUUAAAAUCAUGUACAAUCAAACAUAAGGUCAGCCAAAAAAAAAAUCUUAUGCUGUGCAAUUAAGAAUUAUAUUUUGACAUUACUUUUGUUUGGCAUUUAAGUAGCUGUACCUUUAUUUUAUUUUAUUUGUUGUUGACACUAUAAUAAUUUAUAACUGCUUUCACUUACUAUAACUUAAGUAUAAAUUUUACUGGAAAUUAUCAAAUAAAGAAAGAAAAUUC